UCCACUCUGUUAGACAGUAAACCCUGUCAAGACCAACUGAGCAGAGCAGAGCUCUCAGACACCAGGCUCCAAUACUGAGUAGCAAGUGCCAGUUGCUUACCAGCAUUUGCCACGAUUGGAGUUUAUAUUAAUUCGAUAUUUUAUAUUUCGGCAACAGGUCAUAAAUUUAAUUAUUUUAUUUUAUUUUUUCAACUCUAUUUUAUGCUAAGGAAUUUAAAAAAAAAUUUUUUUUAUUCGCAAACUGUGAAUUUAGUGUGAAGAAAAAAUAAUAAAAUUUAAAAAAUGCAAUGAAAGUAUUGUAGAGGGAGUUUUUCUCCCCUGUAAUUAUGAGUAUUUUAAACGGAUUUUAUUUUGAAACGACGUGUAAUAUCGGUGAAAUUUACGAAGCGAUCGUAUGUGCCCAAGAGUUACAUGCAAUUGAGUGAAUAUGAUUGUGAUAAGGUUCUAUUUAUUGUAUUUUUUACUUAAAUAAAUGUUGCAUUGAAAUAAAGUGGUUAAUAUUUAUUUUAAUAAAACAUUUUUAUAAUUUAUUAAGUUAUAAAAAAAAAACAAUGGAAACUUGGAACUCGUUUAUUCUAAAAAUGAUUUUAUUUUUUGUGGUUUUAUCGCUGGCUUUCAAAGAUUGUCAAGUAGUAGGAAAUACAACCGUUGCGAUUGCCAAGGAAGAAUGUCGAAAAAAAAUCGCAGAAUGUUCAAUGUUUGGUAAAGCAGAUACACCAGUUUGCGGCAGUGAUGGGGUGACAUAUCCUUCUCAAUGCCAAGUUAUUUCAAGACAAUGUGAAGGCGAGUCAAUUCUCAUCAAACACAAAGGUCCUUGUCCAGAGACACCGGCCUGCUUUUCUGCAAGAGUAACAGCCCGUCCAACAGACAGACCAAUUUGUCGUCCGGAUGGUACUUAUGCACCAGUUCAGUGCCACAAGGAAACUGGAUAUUGUUGGUGCGUUACUCCUCAAGGUCGGCCGCUUUUGGGCACUUCGGUGAAGUAUCAAAAACCAAAAUGCCCCGAAAAAAGGCUGUCUUCAACUUCCUCGACGUUGGAUUACUUAGAUACUUCCAGUCGAUCUCCAGAAAAGCUUCUGGAUGACAUGCCUAAUUCUAGUGAGAGAAGACGUACACCUAAACGGAAACAAAAGAGACAAUUUAACAACAGGCACAGAAAUAAUUGUGAUCGUACUGAAAAGGCUAAAUUCAAUAGCAAUCUCAUUGAAAAUUUUAAAAUUGAGUACCGACGGACUAAUAAUUCUAAUAAUGGUGAUAAAAAUGUCGAACGUAUACUUACCUGGAAGUUUACGAGCUUGGAUAAAGACGAGGAUGGAUAUCUGGACCGCGCUGAGUAUAAAGAGCUAAGAAAACUUGCUAAGAAAGCUAUACGCCCGAAGAAAUGUGCGAGAACUUUUGCUAAAAAUUGUGAUCUCAAUCAUGAUCUCAAGUUGUCUAGACAAGAGUGGAGUACUUGUCUAGCCAAUGACUUUACACUACUUUUGUUCUUGUCACUCAAUGGCGCAGAAGGACGGCGUGAGGUCUCUGAAGCCCUGAAGACUCGGGCCUUGGACCAAGUUUUGAAGGAAAAUCCAUCGCCAGUUCAUACCCGGCCAACAUUUAAUGACGACUCUACGACUAAAGAAGAAAGUGAUGCUAUUGACUGUAUUACGGAUAGAAAAUCGGCACUAGAAGACUCAAAACACAGCAGCCAAUCGUUCUACGUACCAGAGUGCACACCGGAUGGAAGAUACCUGAAGGUUCAAUGUUAUUCAAGUUAUUGCUUCUGCGUGGACCAGGAUACAGGAAAACCGAUUCCAGGGACUUCAUCAAAAGAACCAACUCCUAAUUGUCACCCAGCACCUCCACCAAAUAGACCAAUGAAAGGAUGCCCAGAUGAAAAAAAGAAACAAUUUCUCAGAGACUUGAUUGAUCUGAUGGACAAAAAAAUGAAAACAUCCAGCGCAGACUCGGUUGAGGCAACCGACAAGUGGCCAGCGUCUCAAGAAGAGAGGAUAGCUACUUGGCACUUUGUUAUGCUUGAUAAAAAUAAAAAUAAAGUACUUGAAAGAAAAGAAUGGAAGAGCUUCCGUACUAUGGUUGCGAGCAAUCGGCAUUUGCGGAGAUGCGGGAAAAAAUUACCGAGAUAUUGCGACAUAAAUAAUGAUCGAAGGAUCAGUAUGACCGAGUGGCUUAGUUGUUUGCAUGCUCAACAACCAAAUCCAGUUGAAAGUUCGACAAAUACUUCAACGUUGAAGCCUCGGAGAUUAGGUCCGAAUCCACUUGAUCAAUUUCUCAAUGCGGAUGAUUAAGUGUCAUAUGUGAUACGAAUUUUUAUAACUUUUAUUGAUCUUAUGCUAAAAACUAGUGAUUUCAAGGAUUAUAUAUAGAUACAUGUAUGAUUUUAUAAAUUAGUAAAACUAUUUUAUACUAA